AUGGCCACCCGUCGUCCACAGAGUCAGUCCCCCAUGGACCCCUCAACAUCAAUCGAGACCAAGCCUUCUGCCUCCGAUGUAUCACCCGUGGUUCCCAAACAUGUCAUCUAUAAACUCCUCGGCUUCACCGCCGCUAUGAUCACCACUCCCAUCGGCAUGUACUUUGUCACCGUGGACUUUGGCGGAUCCGCCACUGUCGGGGGCAUCACGGCGGCCAUCACGGCCAAUGUCAUCCUGUUCACUUAUAUCUGGGUGGCUUGGCAGGAUGACAAGGAGGAGAGGGAGGCGUCCGCGGGGAAGAACGAGAAGAAGGCGCAGUAG